CUCCGCUAGAGUGUGUGUUUAGGGGGUGUCUUAUGGAGAGCCAAGGAGCGAAAAAAAAAAAAGCCCGUUGGCACCGAUCCGUGCGGAUUGAGCGCAGAGAGCCGCGGGUCCGUGCGCGAGAUGAGCGGAUCCGAGCGGAUGCGGGUGUUUUAACGGCAUGACGGCGGACCGGACGAGCUGCAGCUGAAGGAGGAGAGCCGGCAGAGACGCUCCAGCCCCGGAGAACCGAAGAGAGGAGCGGCGGAGAGCGAGAGGCAGAGCGCCGGGGAAUCAUGCGGGGUCCCGCGCUCCGGCUGCUGGGACUCGUGUGGCACCUCUCCGCGCUUUUACGCACCGCGCACACGUACAAACUCCACCACAAACAACAAAGCUUCAUCAGACAGCUGUCAGCGUAUGAGAUCAUCACCCCGGUGCGCUUGAAUGAUUUCGGAGAGUCGUUCCCGCACCGGCUCCAUUACCGCAGGAGGAGGCGCAGCGCCGACGCGGAGCUCUCGGGUUCGAGGGCUCAUUACCGGAUCGAGGCGUUCGGUCAGGAGUUUCACCUGAACCUCACGGAGGAUUCGGGGUUCAUCGCUCCGUCCUACACGGUGCUUCACCUGGGAGAGGAGGAGAAGCGCGGAGACGCCGCGGACCUGCGCCACUGUUUCUUCAGCGGACACGUCAACGCUCGCAGCGAGCACCACGCCGUCUUCAGCCUCUGCACUGGACUAGUGGGCACGUUCACGACACACAGCGGUCAGUUCUUCCUGGAGCCGCUGCUGAGCGCUGAUGGAGACGAGUACGAGGAAGAGCACAACAAGCCUCACCUGCUCUACAGACGGGACACAGACAGGAAGUCACGCAGAGCCUCAGAACAUCCCGAGCAGGAUCAUGUCAGUCUCCAUAGCAACAGAACUCUGGAAGAGGAAGUGACGUGGAUGCAGGAAAUGAUGCGCAGACGUGCGGCUCAUUCCCAAGACGAUCCCGCCGGCUCUCGCUCCCGCAGGAAGCGCUUCCUGUCGUACCCACGCUUCGUGGAGCUCAUGGUGACAGCCGACGUGAAGAUGGUGCGGCAUCACGGACACAACCUGGAGCACUACAUCCUCACGAUCAUGUCAGUCGUCGCUGCGAUCUACAGAGACCCCAGUGUAGGGAACCUCAUCAACAUCAUGAUCGUCAAGCUCAUCGUCUUACAUAACGAGCAGGAAGGGCCGAGUGUGAACUUCGACGCCGCUGCGACGCUGCAUAACUUCUGCACCUGGCAGCAGAGCCACAACGCUCUGGACGACAGUCACCCGGGUCAUCAUGACACCGCGCUUCUCAUAACCAGGGAGGACAUCUGCCGAGCAAAAGACAAGUGUGACACGUUAGGUCUGGCGGAGCUGGGGACGAUGUGUGACCCGUCCCGGAGCUGCUCCAUCAGCGAGGAGAACGGCCUGAGCACAUCCUUCACCAUCGCUCACGAGCUCGGACACGUGUUCAACGUGCCUCAUGACGACAGUCCAAAGUGCCGCGAGGCGGGAAUCAAGCACCAGUACCACGUCAUGGCCCCGACGCUCAACUACGACACCAGCCCCUGGUCCUGGUCCAGAUGCAGCCGCAAAUACAUCACAGACUUCCUGGACACUGGUUAUGGUGAAUGUCUCCUGGACGAGCCCUCAGGGAGGACGUAUAACCUUCCCAACCAGCUGCCAGGUCAACUCUACAACGCCAACCGGCAGUGCGAACUCAUAUUCGGCCCCGGCUCCCAAGUCUGUCCGUUUAUGAAACAGUGCAAGCGUCUCUGGUGCACCAGUGCAGAGGGGGACCAUAAAGGAUGCCGUACGCAGCACAUGCCGCACGCUGAUGGGACCGAAUGUGGCUAUGGCAUGUACUGCAGGCACGGCAUGUGUGUGAACAAGGAGAUGGACAUGAAGCCGGUUCAUGGUGAAUGGGGCCCCUGGGGCCCCUACAGUGUGUGUUCCAGGACCUGUGGAGGAGGAACACGCAGCACAACCCGAGACUGCAAUAAACCAGAGCCGAGGAACGGCGGCCGGUUUUGUGUAGGCCGCAGAAUGAAGUUCCGCUCGUGUAACACGGAUCCGUGUCCCCGCAGCCGGAGGGAUUUCAGGGAAGAGCAGUGCGCGCAGUUCGACGGGAAACACUUCAACAUCAACGGACUGCCGCCCUCCGUUCGCUGGGUGCCCAAGUACAGCGGCAUUCUGAUGAAGGAUCGCUGUAAACUCUUCUGCCGUGUCGUGGGGACGACGGCGUACUAUCAGCUGAGGGAUCGGGUCGUCGACGGGACCCCCUGUGGACCGGACACGUAUGAUAUCUGUGUACAAGGCCUCUGCCGGCAAGCAGGUUGUGACCACAUUUUGAACUCGAAGGCCAGAAAUGAUAAGUGUGGCGUCUGUGGAGGAGACAGCUCUUCAUGUAAGACCCUCGCCGGAACCUUCAACCACGCACAAUACGGUUAUAAUGUUGUGGUUCGGAUCCCUGCUGGCGCGACCAACAUCGAUAUAAAGCAGGUCAGCUACUCAGGAACACCAGAAGAUGAUAACUACCUCGCUCUGUCUGACAGUCAGUCCAACUUCCUCCUGAACGGGAACUUCGUGGUGUCCGUGUUUAAAAGGGAAAUCCCCUUUAAGGGAGCAGAGAUCGAGUACAGCGGAUCCAACGCCACGGUUGAGCGGAUCAACUGCACACAGCGGAUCGAGGAGGAGCUCGUGCUGCAGGUUCUGUGUGUGGGAAACCUGUACAACCCUGACGUCAGAUAUUCCUUCAGUAUUCCCAUCGAGGAGCAGCGGGAGCAGUUCCUGUGGGAUCCGUCGGGCCCCUGGCAGGAGUGCAGCCGCGUGUGCCAAGGUGAGCGGCGGCGGAAGGCUGUGUGUGUGCGGAAGAGUGAUCAUUUGGUGGUUUCGGAGCAGAGGUGUGAGAAUCUUCCUCGACCCAGAGGCACGACGGAGCCCUGCAAUACUGACUGUGAGCUCAGGUGGCACGUGACGGGCAGGAGCGACUGCUCCAGUAAGUGCGGCCCGGGUUACCGUACGCUGGACGUGCUGUGCAUGCGCUACAGUCAGAACAAGAGACUGAGCGAGCGCAUGGAGGGCAGAGCCUGCGCAGACCUGCUCAAACCACAGACGCGAGAGGGGUGUCAUGGUGACUGUCUGCUGAAGAGCUGGCAGUACAGCGCCUGGUCUCAGUGUUCGAAGAGCUGCGGACACGGCGUCCGGACGCGACAGGCGUACUGUAUGAACAAUCUGGGUCGCAGGCUGGUGGAGCGAGAGUGUAACGAGCAGGAGAGAGUCCUGAGCGAACCCUGCAAUGACGUGCCCUGUCCCGACUGGAGCACCAGCGAGUGGAGCGAGUGUCUGGCGACGUGUGGCAAGGGCGUCAAACACAGACAGGUGCUUUGCAUUCUGGGAGACGAGAAGCUGAACGAGCAGCGCUGUGACCCAAACACCAAACCCUCGGCGGUGGGCAGCUGUGAGCGUCCUGAAUGUGCGUCCUGGCAGGUCGGAGCCUGGAGUCCGUGUGCAGUGAGCUGCGGUCAGGGAUAUCAGAUGCGUGCGGUCAGGUGUGUGUCGGGAGCUUACGGCGAGACGGUGGACGACAGGGAGUGUAACGCAGCCGCCAGACCUCGAGACAGUCAGGACUGUGAGUUGUCAGCUUGUCCUCGUGCAGCAUCAGUGUUUAACACACCCAGACCGUCAGAGCCGGGUCAGCGACACACGCAGUGGAGAUACGGCUCAUGGACCAGCUGUUCGGUGUCGUGCGGUGAGGGCCGGCGGGAGCGAUACGUCAGCUGUAGAGACGCUCAGGGCGGCGUCGCUGAAGAGUCGUCCUGCGCUCAUCUUCCUCGUCCUCCAGACUCCUCCGUGUGUUUCAGUGCCUGCGCUCAGUGGAGGGAAGGAGAAUGGACAGCAUGCUCGGUGUCGUGUGGUGUGGGUCGCUCCACGCGGCGGCUCGUGUGCAUGAACUACCAUCACCAGGUGGACGAGUCCUUCUGUGAGCCGGACGAGCGUCCCAGCACUGAGCAGGAGUGUGUGGCUGCCCCCUGCCAAUCCUCCUUCCACUGGCCCAACAACCAGCCCCACUUCCCCUCUGACCCCGACACCCACAGCUGGAACGUCCCGUCUGCAGACAACCAGUGGAGGACGGGGCCCUGGGGAGCCUGCUCCAGCACAUGUGAAGGCGGGUUCCAGCGGCGAGUCGUGGUCUGUCAGGACACAGACGGACGCAGCACCAAUCACUGCGACGAGAGAGUCAAACCCGACCAAUCAAAGAGCUGCGACUCUGGCCCCUGUCCACACUGGAACUACGGCAUCUGGGGAGAGUGCACGCACUCAUGUGGGGGCGGUCAGCGCACACGCUUGGUGGUUUGUCAGCGUCCGAACGGGCAGAGGCUAAACGAGCACAGCUGUGACAUGCUGGACAAACCUGCCGAUGUGGAGCGGUGUAACGGCCAGCCCUGCCCCGGCGCCGCUUCCUGGCACAGACGAGCAUGGAACCCGGUACGAUAGAUAGCAGCUGUCUGUGUGUGUGUGUGUGUGUGUGUGUGUGUAUGUGUCUCGUUUCCAUCAGACACCAGCAAGGCACAGAGACACGCAUGCUUUCCUGCCCAAACUUACAUGCUCAGAAACGGCAGAGAUCAGCUGUUCAGGUCAAAAUGAUGCUCUUCCUCAGUAUUUUUAUCUUAUUUAGUACAAAUAUCUAAGCAUUCUUAAAUCGGGAUACAUUCACU